AUGACUUGUUUACUAUCCCUGCAAUCAACACCCGACCUUUCCCGUGUUUUGGCCUCACUCACACGGUUUCGGAAACACUUCCCGGAAGGUCACCCAUCCUUCAACUACUCCAGCCCAAGCACGCUUAACUCUGGAGUUACUUAUAGACCUUUGACCGAAAAGGCCCCGCUCGGCCCGUGGGCCUCACCCCUGUCCACGGCCGGUCCGUUAUUUUUGAGAGGCUCUAAUGACUUGUUUACUAUCCCUGCAAUCAACACCCGACCUUUCCCCGUGUUUUGGCCUCACUCACACGGUUUCGGAAAUCACUUCCCGAAAAGGUCACCCAUCCUUCAACUACUCCACCCAAGCACGCUUAACUCUGGAGUUACUUAUAGACCUUUGACCGAAAAGGUGUUUUCUGGAGAUGUGGAGUGGAGUGAUCGAGUGGAGGAGAUCGAGUGCAAUGAUGGAGUAGCAGAGGUCGCGCUGGAGUCAACUGCGAAAGUGAUCGAGCUGAAAGAGAUCGCGCUGGAGCCCAACCUGAGAGAUAGAGUCAGAGUCAAGUGA